CUUGCAGUCACCUGCUAGGCUGCUACACACGAGCGAGAAACCCAUCUCUCAACAGUAACUUCGCUAGUUCUAGCUAUAUGGCUUCCACCGCGAGCAUGCUGGCCGUGGUCAUGGCGUGCGCGAUCCUCCUCGCCGGCAGAACGUGCAACGCCGCCCGCAACCUGGCCGACACGACGUCCGCGGCCGCCGCUCCGGCUGCAAGCACCGUCCCUGGCCUGCCGGCCAUGCCAACCUUGCCCGGCGUGCCCACGGACACGGUGACCCUGAUGCCGCCCAUGCCGUCGGUCACCCUUCCCACCGUGCCGCAGGUGACGCUGCCGCCCAUGCCGGCCAUCGUCGUGCCCACGGCGGUCCUGCCGCCCAUGCCCAAGGUCACCCUCCCCACCGUGCCGCAGGUGACGAUGGCGCCGAUGCCCGCGAUUGUCGUGCCCAAGGUGACGCUGCCGCCGUUGCCGUUCGUCCCGAGUGUGAAUGUGCCCAUGCCGUUCGCGGCGCCGCCCCCUUCAGCGUAG